AUGACAAUGAUUAUGAAGCUAAAGUGGUACUGUCUCUGGAUUGAAGCUGUCGAAACUGAGUGUUUAGAGUUAGGCUCCGACCUAAGUGCUACUGCACAUUCGCCAAAUAUCCAUUGUACCACACCGCGUCGCAAUCCUCCCAACGGUCUUCCACUCAUCCAUAGACAAGACGGACUGCGUGAGAAACAAUUCUAUGCCUUCUCCGGGUUUCUGAUCAACAAAUGA